UUCAAGAUGUCAACCGCGCUACUAUAUGGAAAAGGAGAACCUUACUGAACAUAUCAUGAUAACAGAAAGUUGUAUCGAAGGUGAAUCCAGUGUAAGUGAAGCUGACAAAAACAAAGAAGAUAGACAUUUAAUCAUAGAAAGUUGUUUCGAUGGUGAAUCCGGUGUUAGUGAAGUGAACAAAAACAAAGAAGAGAAGGUUUUAGUUACAGAAAGUUGUGCAGUACAUGAAUACGAGUCAUGUGAACCCAACCUGAACCAAGAACCACAUGUGGGUAUGAUAUUUGUGUCCGCAGAAGCUGCAAAAGAUUUCUAUGAUGAAUAUGCUAGACGUGUAGGUUUUCUGACACGAAUUGUUUCGUCACAUAAGUCCGAGAUUGAUGGAUCGAUCGUCCAUCGCCGGCUUGCUUGUAACAAAGAAGGUUUUAAUCAAAACAGGCAAAAGAGUACUCGUGCUCGGGUUCGAAAGCGACAGAGCAAACGAGAAGGAUGCAUGGCAAGGAUGAACGUGAAGCAAGAAAAGUCAGGGAGAUACGUCAUCUCGAAAUUUGUCAAGGAGCAUAAUCAUCCUCUAUUUGUUACCUCCUCAAAGGAUCAUGACGACAAAGAUAAGAAAAUCCAGGAACUAUCAUCAGAGUUGAAUCAAGCAAAUGAAGAAUUAGUGCUCUGUAGGGAGCAAUUAUGUGCAUUUAUGGCCGCCAUUGAGGAACACGCGGACCGGCUGUCAAAAACGGUCGAGGAUGCCAUUCGAAACAUCAAAGAGGUUGAAUCCAGAGAUGAUCAGAGUCAUAAUUUGUAGCAUUCACGGCGUUCUACCCUUGAUAAAUCUAUGAAAAGGGUUAGUUCAUUCUCACAAUUAUGUUAUUUCUGUUGUAGAUUCCCAGAAAAGCUCAUGCUUUGUUCCAUCAUCCUAGAUUUUGUAAAUUGGUUGUAGGCUUCUAAUCU